AUGGCUCAGCCUGCAAGGGAGAGAGCGGAGGCGGUGGCACUCACCGGGCGGGCGCGGUGGGCAGCCCCGCGCUUUGUCUCGGUGCCGGCAAUCUCGGGGAUCAGGCGGGCGGCGGCGGCGGCCGCUCCUCCAUGGCUCUCCGGGCCCGGCGCGGCGCCCGCACCUCCGGGGCGGCGGCGGGCACGGCGGUGGGCACGGCGGCGGGCACGGCGGCGGGCAGGGCGCCCGCCCGCAGGCUGCGGUGCCCCGCGCUGCCCGCUGCAGGCCCCGCGCGGGGGCGGGCGGAGGCGGGCGCGGGGGAACCCGCCCCGCAACCCUGUGGCUGGGCCGGGCCGGGGGCAGCGCUGCUGCCGGGCGGGGGUCCCGCCCCUCGCCCCCCCACCCAGGGGCUGGGCCGGGCGCUGCUGCGGCUGGGGCUGCGCUGGAGGUGGCUCGGGCGGUGGGUUGACGCUGGGCCCGCCAGGAAGGACAUGGUACCUGCCAAAGGACUUCCAGGAUGGCCCAGGACAAGGAUACAGAUCAAGAGAGGGACCCAAGAAAACCGUAGGGAGUACUCAGGAGAAAGCUGAAGAGCUGCAGCAAGAGCUGGGAUUCCGAAUUCCUCAGGCAUCAGAGAGCAUCCAUCUUGAAUUCCGGAGACUGUACCAGUUCCAGUGCAGUUCAGAUCCCAUCAUCUGGAUCCCAUAUCAUCAAAACCUCCUGUGAAGGGAAACAGUUCUACCUGAAGAGUGAGAGACUGCAGCUGGAGACAGUACCAAGUAGAUUUUUCUUUUCCUUUGGGCUGAUAUCUGGGAAUAAAGCCAGCUGGAAGGCUGCUGGAAGGAAAUUUUCCUAACUCUGAUCAUAUUUGCAAUCAGUCUGUAUACCAGAUGUUGCCUCAGAAAAUAUGGAAGUCAGCAGACAGUAGUUUUAAUGUGCAGCUUUCCAACUCAAAUAGGUCUGAGUUUUUAUAGAAAGGAAAUAAAAUGAAGAUUUACUGCUUUCCUGAGGUGUACAGAGUCACUAUCUGUAGCCAGACAAUGCAACAUCAUGUGGAAAGAAUAGAUGGGAAUCCAAGAAGUUAACAAAUGUCCUGUAACAAAAACCUACCGUAUAACAGACUUUUACAACUACCCUUCUUUUUUAAGGCAAGAGUUGCCUGACAUUCCUUAAGUUCAUUUUCAAAACUGACAAUGAAGGGAGAAGCUAAGAGUAAAUCAGGCUGCUUUUCACAGGAGAACCUGGAACAUAACGUUCUUGUCGGAAAGAAAGAAGGGUUGAGGACAAUGGGUGUUAGAAAAGAACAGGUUCGGUUAUUUAUUUUGUCACUUUUUUCCCCCAAAUAAAUGCUACAACUGGGUA